GGAAGAGCCAACUUCCCACGACGGCUUCAAGCGGGCGCUCUUCCAGAUCAACUGGACCCCACAAUAUUCUUAUUGCUACUGGUUACUCUAUUUACUUUCGUUCUUUCUUGCCAUUCUCUUUUUCUAAACCCUCUUGUGCUACGUAACUGGUGGCGCCUUGUCCGCAACCUCUCCCGUCUGCCGGAAAAUAGGAGAUCAACAGGUGGGUGGGCAACAAUAGCGCCACGGGGACGGCAACAACAACAACAACCGGGGAUAUAUAUACCUUCAAAACAGGGACACACAAACCCUCCAUUGAUAUACAAUUCUAUGAGACCUUGUCCAUAGGUGCUAGGGAACUGACCUGUUUCGAGACUCCCGUCGAUCAUAUGCCUUGCACGGACGUCUAAUUCGCCACGUCGCAUACCUCUGCGAAACGUCAUUCUUCUUAGGAUUGGGAAGAAACAAGAGGAACCAAUUCUUACUGCUUGCUUGUCUAGGUCCGGUGGAUAAAGGCUUGAAAAGAGAUAAAUAAUCAAAAGUGGGGCCACUUCGCAUCAAAUAAUGGUUGCGAACGGACACUUUGCGAGCAACGGGGAGGGACAGGAUUCGGGGAGCUACGAGCAUGGAGUGCAGGUUAUAGAUGAGGACAAGGAAUUCAACCCCAAUGUAUCCAGGUACCUCACUUACGAAAAUGUCACCCCGGCCGGCUUCAACUACCACCUCAUCUCCGUCUUCGGAUCGCAAUCGACCGGCAAAUCCACGUUGCUGAACCAUCUUUUUGGUACCCAUUUCAGCGUCAUGUCAGAGACCGAGCGACGGCAGACGACCAAGGGGAUCUGGCUAUCCAAGAACAAACGAGUUGAGUCGAGCAAGGAUCGCGACCCCCAAAUGAAGAUGGCGGACAAUAUCCUUGUUAUGGACGUUGAGGGCACAGAUGGUCGAGAGAGAGGUGAAGAUCAAGACUUUGAGAGGAAGAGCGCACUGUUUGCCCUAGCCACCAGUGAGGUUCUCAUUGUUAAUAUCUGGGAACACCAGGUUGGCCUGUAUCAGGGUGCUAAUAUGGGGCUACUGAAAACCGUUUUUGAGGUUAAUUUGGAAUUGUUCUUGAAGGACAACAAGUCAACCCCGCGCUCUCUUCUCUUUUUCGUCAUCCGCGACUUUGUAGGAACUACUCCGCUUCAGAACCUACAAAAUACGCUCUUGCAGGACCUAAACCGGAUAUGGAGCUCACUCUCGAAACCUGCAGGAUUGGAGAACUCGACAAUUAAUGAUUACUUCGAUUUCGCAUUUGCUGGACUACCCCACAAGAACUUCCAGCCUGAGAAGUUUGUGGACGAGGUGCAAAAGCUCAGUACUCGCUUCCGCAAUGCUCACCGCGACCCUAACAACGUCGACUCCAGGGGAACUGGCUCGAUUGAAGGCGGCAUAUUCCUUCCCGAAUACCACCGAAGGAUACCUGCAGAUGGUUUUGCCGUUUAUGCGGAAGGUGUUUGGGAUCAAAUUGUAAACAACAAGGACCUAGAUCUGCCAACUCAACAAGAGCUGCUUGCUCAAUUCCGCUGCGAUGAAAUAUCACGCGAAGCCCUAGUUGCAUUCGACGAAGCCAUCAGUCCUUUCGAAUCGAAGCAAGCAGAAGCCGUGCAGGCUGGUAGCCCUCAAGUCUUGGGUGGACUGGGCCCGGUUAUGCGGAAUGCGCGAAUGAACGCCGUGAAGAAUUUUGACGCUGAGGCUAGCCGGUACCACAAACGUGUGUAUCAAAUGAAAAAGUCUGAGUUGGAAGAAAAGAUCGACACACGGCUCAAGGCACUUUUCCUUGGCCAACUUAAUGCCGCGCAUAGGUCCGGGGUACAAGAUUUCAGCGAAUCUGUCAGUGCCGCUGUGAAGGCGGGCCAGAAGAGAGGUGCGAGUUACGAUUUUGCUGAGAUAGUAAGUAGGGAAAGGCAGCUAGCGAUCGAAAAAUUCGAAAAGGAGGCUCGAUCUACGCUUGUGGAAGAUGCCCCCUGGAGCAAUUACCAACAGGAGUUAUCGUUAUACCAAAAGGACUUGGAAAGAAUCAGCGGGCAGCUUCGGAGAGAUGAAAUGCGGCGAUUGGCAACGAGAGUUGAGCGGUGGGUGAGGUCGCGCCUAGGUGAAUCGGUCGAUUUAGAGUUUAAUGCCCUUGGGUCAGGUAGGGGUGGUUCUGGUGCUCCGGAGUUCGGCGACAAGCCCUCAGAGAAUACCAUCUGGGACAGAGUCUGGACUAUUUUUGUGGACACCGUCCUUGAUGCUGAAAGGAGAUUUACGGAACGAGCGAGCAGCUUUGACGCCAGCCUUGACGAAGUAGAUGUUGGCCUAUGGAGACUAAGAAGAAAAUCCUGGGGAGUCCUACGAGCUAAAAUCGAAGAGGAAGUGAUGGAGGGCAAUCUCCUCUUAAAACUCCGCGAGAACUUCGAAGAUAAAUUCCGGUACGACGAUGCUGGCGUUCCUCGAAUUUGGCGCCCGACCGAUGACAUUGAAAGUGUGUAUACACAAGCUAGGGAAUCCACACUAACGCUUAUCCCCCUCCUUGCCCGCUUCCGGCUUGCAGAGACCAACGCGCCUCCCCCACUGGACAAAUGGAUCGGACACACGCCGAGCUCAGCAACGCCUGCGGAUGAAGAGGACCUAACCCCGAUUGGAGGUGUUGAUGAAGAUGAGGGGAAGAGCCUGGAGGAAGAGAUGACUAUGAUCGGCGAAGCAAAGAAGCAAGACUUAAUAGUUCGGUUCAAGAAAACCGCUGAUGGCGUGUACGUCGAGGCAAAGAGAAGCGCUAUCGGAGGCAUCACUCAGGUGCCGCUAUACUUUUAUGGCUUGCUCCUAGCGCUUGGCUGGAAUGAAAUCAUGGCAGUCCUCCGCAACCCUGCAUACUUCUUCCUCCUUUUCGUGUGCGCCAUUGGCGCGUACGUCACCUAUCAGCUGAAUCUCUGGGGUCCGAUCAUCAAAAUGACCGAGGCAGCCUCACAUCAGGCGCUGGAGGAGGGCAAACGACGACUACGCGACUUCCUCGAAGCUUCAGACACCGGGCGUCAGGCGAUGGCGAUGUCCGGAGCCAGGAAUGCAACGGAAGAGCACGAAAUGUCCAACCUGAACCGCAAGUCGGGCGAACGAGGAGGGCAGAAGUAUCGAGGUGAAGACGUAGCUGAUGAUGACGAUGUUGAUGAUGAUUUUUAAAAGAAAAGUGGGGCUUCUCUCGCUGUUUUGCAUAGCUUUCCUCGGACUCAAACUCUUCAGCUCUGGCUUAAGGGGGACUCCUGUAUACAACCUUUUUCAUGCAUUUUAUCCUUUCUAGAUGGUGAUGCUAGCUAGAUGGUCUUUUUACCAUCCGCACUGUUUGACUUCGUAUUUUGGGGGUUAUAUCGAUGCUUUCCUGAGAGUUUCUUUUUUUUUCUUUUUUUCUUUUUUUUAUGCUCUUCCGUUUGAGCUUUUCUUUCUUUCUUUCUCUCCCGAUUCUUGUCUAAUUACAUCCUUAAACAAUUAAUACCGCUACAAACAUCAUCAUCAUCAUUCGAAUAGACAAGAACAGACCACCUCUAUCUCGAAAACGGGCGCAUUUCUAUCGAUUGCAAUCCAUAUAUAAAGAACCCAGCAAACCCAUCUAAACACUAAACACCCAAGCCACCCUCAGCCGAACGAACACCCUGGGGUAAGAAUUUACAGCAUAAUCGCCAUCCCCACCGAGUCCGGCGCCGUUUCCACCAAGCCAUGCUUAGCAUACAACUUCUUCCCUGGCGGAUCCGCCAGGAGCGACACCCACACCCCCGGCGUAGCCACCUCUCUAAUGCGCUCCAUCAGUCUCGCAAAAAUGAUAUCCCCCAGCCCCUUGCGCUGGUGCUCCGUGGCCACGGCCAUGUCUACGAUGUGGAAAUACCAGCCGCCGUCGGCGAUGAUGCGGCCCAUGCCGACUGAGGUGUUUGUGGGCGUGUGGACGAUGUGGCAGCCGAACCAGCUGCCGGCGAGGGCGAGGGCGCCUUGCUCGGCUGUUUUGGGCGUUAGAUUCGGGGUGCUGCGGAGUUUGACGUAGUCCGGGACGCUGGGGUAGCCGUCGCGGAGUUGGUAGUCGGGGGGUAGAGGGCGGGGCGGAGGGGUUGGCUUGAUGGCCGGAGCGGGGUUGGGAGCGGGGGUGGGGGCGGGGCUGGGGUUUGAGAGGUCGGUGUUGGUGGACAUUUUGUAUGUAUUAUUGGCGUAAGUUGCGAGUUUUGGGGCAGGAUUAGGUUGUAUAUGGGAUGUAUAUAAAUGAGUGUGUAUGUAUGUUUCUAUAUCCUGUCUUGGGUGAGGGAUAUCUUUAUGUUUUGGAUUGAGAGUGAGACCGAGCCGAGGGAGGAAACCUUAUAGUUCCCACCCCUGACAACGGAGAGAAAGGGCCAUUCAUGGUCUUCCUUCCUCUCUCCCGGACCGUCCUUUUCAAGGUCGCGUGGGCUGCAGCGAGCGAAGGAUAUGACUUACACAACCUUACAUGGAACGGUUUACAAAACCCCCUGAUUUCGCAUAUAAACUCAGAACCGCGGCGCUAGACCUGAGAAACGAUUUGCGUUAGCGCGAUGCAACGUUGUGACUGUUGCUGAUAGGGCGAAACAAGCCGAGAAUAAAUCCAGCUUCAGCCCUUACAAAUGGCUGUAUCUGAAACCGCGAUACGGCGAAACCGUUGGAUAUCAGAGCUGGCAGACUCCGUGUGUGUUGUUUAUUGCUCGAACCCAACCGUGGCAGAAAGGAGGCUUAUUUUAGCUCAUUUUUAGCGGAUAACCUUAAAUAAAUCAGUCCAGCACGUUCCUUCC